AUGUACCAGUCUACCUACCGUUUGGCACCCGUACCCUGCAACCCACCGCCCGGAAACACAGCGUGGAAGAACAAGCUCGAUCGGUGUUCUCAAAUAAUUAUUGGAAUCGGUGCUGGUUCAACACAUGUACACACGACCCAUUGGCUCAAAGAUCCCAUAUCAGGACACUCCUGUCAUCCACAUGGCACUCAGGGUCCUGAUCUUCCACAUAGCGCCGGGCGUCUCAUCCCUCACUCUAACACAUACAUCCACCCUAUUCCAUUACCUGCUCGCAUGGCCGACACCGCGUACGCGAAAAAAGAACUUCUGGAGCUCAUCAAGACGGGAGAAAAUAAAUUCUGCGUUGACUGUGGUGCUCCUAACCCACAAUGGGCCAGCCUCGGCGUUGCAUCGUUCAUCUGUUUGAGUUGUGCGGGUGUCCAUAGGGGUUUUGGUGUCCAUAUCUCGUACGUUCAUUUCUUUGUACCUGUACCGCUACGCUCGUUGGGCUUUGUGCGCAGCUGUACAAUGGAUACUUGGUCCGCCGACCAACUUAACCGUAUGCAUAUCGGCGGUAACGGCCCCUUUAAAACGUUCCUGGCGGAAUACGAACCGAAAGAAGCUGGUGGGUAUCGCGAAGGUAUGCCCCUACAUGAUAAAUAUCAUUGUUGGGCCACUACCCAAUAUCGGGAGAUGCUUAGUGCUAAGCUUGCCGGACAACCUUGGACUCCCUCUCUACCCCCUGAUUCUACUUCAGCAAUGAAUUCGUCUGGCACGUUGCGUAAGUCGCGAGCUGGCACACGGGGUGGUUUAUCAGUGGGUACGAGCCGAGAUGCUUCUGCUUCUCCCGCGGCAAGUGGUGCCCCUACGCCAGUUGACCGAAAGGUCGCGAACGAAGCUUAUUUUGCAUCACUCGGCGAGACCAAUGCAUCGCGCCCCGACGAUCUUCCUCCUUCCCAGGGCGGCCGUUACGUUGGAUUCGGUUCAACGCCAUCUCCUCAGCCGGGAUCUUCAAACCCCAAUUUUGGACUGUCCAGUGCUGCAGCACCAAGUCUAGCCGACUUGCAAACCGAUCCUGCUGCUGCACUUUCCAAAGGUUGGGGCUUUCUUUCUACACUCGUGACGAGUGCUGCGCGUGUCGCAAACGAGUCCGUCGUACAGCCUGGGCUGGAACGCGCACGCGACCCUGCGUUGAGGGCAGUCGUCGAGCAGUAUGCUGCACGCGCUUCAGAGUUAGGACGUGGUGCCAAUGAUUGGGGAAGGAGAGAACUGGGUUGCAUGGUCGAAUCUAAAGGCGGGCCGGGUGGUCCCGGUGGUCAGGGAGAGUAUGGACGCGUUGCAGAGGGCUCCAACGAGGAUAGUUGGAAUUCUUGGCAUGACGAUGAUGGUAGAUCAAACCAAGUGAGCACGGGCACGAACGCUCAACCUGGUACGACAAACAAAGCCAGCGAAUGGGAUGAAUGGGACGAUAAAGGCUGGGCAACAACUGGGGUGGCCGAAGCCAAUGAUAUCAAGCCCAGUGUUAGUACCAAAUCUGAUACAUCAAAGACACAAACGCCGGCGAAAAAGGACGACGAAUGGGAGGAUUGGUAG